AGACCUGGACUGCUCCAGCUGUGUCCUGAGAAGCUGGACCAGCCACAUCCCCAGGGGCUGGAGUUGAAGCAGGACCAACUGGCCUUCCCAGCGUGAGCCAGUGGAGCCGCUGGAGCCAGUGGGCCACCGGACAGUGUUUGCGUUCUGCAGGCUGGCCCUCCACACAGCGGAAUGGCACUCCAAGUAGAACUGAUACCAACGGGAGAGAUCAUCCGUGUGGUCCAUCCCCACAGGCCAUGCAAACUCGCCCUGGGCAGUGACGGGGUUCGAGUGACCAUGGAGAGCGCCUUGACUGCCCGAGACCGGGUAGGGGUGCAGGACUUUGUCCUGCUGGAGAAUUUCACCAGUGAGGCUGCCUUCAUUGAGAACCUCCGGCGGCGGUUCCGGGAGAACCUCAUUUAUACCUACAUCGGUCCUGUCCUAGUCUCUGUCAAUCCCUACCGAGACCUACAGAUCUACAGCCGGCAGCAUAUGGAACGCUACCGUGGUGUCAGUUUCUAUGAAGUACCACCUCAUUUGUUUGCAGUGGCUGACACUGUAUACCGGGCACUUCGUACUGAGCGUCGGGACCAGGCAGUGAUGAUUUCUGGAGAGAGUGGGGCAGGCAAGACAGAGGCCACCAAGAGACUGCUCCAGUUCUAUGCAGAGACCUGCCCAGCCCCUGAACGGGGUGGCGCAGUGCGAGACCGCCUGUUGCAGAGCAACCCCGUGUUAGAGGCCUUUGGGAAUGCCAAGACUCUCCGCAACGAUAACUCCAGCCGGUUUGGAAAGUACAUGGAUGUGCAGUUUGACUUCAAGGGUGCCCCCGUGGGAGGCCACAUUCUCAGUUACCUCCUGGAAAAGUCCCGGGUGGUGCACCAAAAUCACGGAGAGCGGAACUUCCACGUCUUUUACCAGCUACUGGAGGGGGGCGAGGAGGAGACUCUCCGUCGGCUGGGCUUGGAACGGAACCCCCAGAGCUACUUGUACCUGGUGAAGGGCCAGUGUGCCAAGGUCUCCUCCAUCAACGACAAGAGUGACUGGAAGGUUAUGAGGAAGGCGCUGUCCGUCAUUGACUUCACUGAGGAUGAAGUGGAGGACUUGCUCAGCAUCGUGGCCAGCGUCCUACAUCUGGGCAACAUCCACUUUGCUGCUGACGAGGACAGCAAUGCCCAGGUUACUACUGAGAACCAGCUCAAAUAUCUGACCAGGCUCCUUGGUGUGGAAGGUACAACACUUAGGGAAGCCCUGACCCACAGGAAGAUCAUCGCCAAGGGGGAAGAGCUCCUGAGCCCACUGAACCUUGAACAGGCGGCAUAUGCAAGGGAUGCGCUUGCCAAGGCUGUGUACAGCCGGACAUUCACCUGGCUGGUCAGAAAGAUCAAUAGGUCACUGGCCUCUAAGGACGCUGAGAGCCCCAGCUGGCGAAGCACCACGGUUCUUGGGCUCCUGGACAUUUACGGCUUUGAAGUGUUUCAGCAUAACAGCUUCGAGCAGUUCUGCAUCAACUACUGCAAUGAGAAGCUGCAGCAGCUCUUCAUCGAGCUGACUCUCAAGUCGGAGCAGGAGGAAUACGAGGCUGAGGGCAUCGCGUGGGAACCUGUCCAGUACUUCAACAACAAGAUCAUCUGUGACCUGGUAGAGGAGAAGUUCAAGGGCAUCAUCUCCAUCUUGGAUGAAGAGUGCCUGCGUCCUGGGGAGGCCACGGACCUGACCUUUCUGGAGAAGUUGGAGGACACUGUCAAGCCCCACCCUCACUUCCUGACGCACAAGCUCGCUGACCAGAAGACCAGGAAAUCUCUAGACCGAGGGGAGUUCCGCCUUCUGCAUUAUGCUGGAGAGGUGACCUACAGUGUGACUGGGUUUCUGGAUAAAAACAAUGACCUCCUCUUCCGGAACCUGAAGGAGACCAUGUGCAGCUCAAUGAACCCCAUCAUGGCCCAGUGCUUUGACAAGAGUGAGCUCAGUGACAAGAAGCGGCCAGAGACGGUGGCCACCCAGUUCAAGAUGAGCCUCCUGCAGCUCGUGGAGAUCCUGAGGUCUAAGGAGCCUGCCUAUAUCCGGUGCAUCAAGCCAAACGACGCCAAGCAGCCGGGUCGCUUUGAUGAGGUGCUCAUCCGACAUCAGGUGAAGUACCUGGGACUGAUGGAGAAUCUGCGCGUGCGCAGAGCUGGCUUUGCCUAUCGUCGCAAAUAUGAGGCUUUCCUGCAGAGGUACAAGUCACUGUGCCCAGAGACAUGGCCCAUGUGGGCAGGACGGCCCCAGGAUGGUGUGGCCGUGUUGGUCAGACACCUCGGCUACAAGCCAGAAGAGUACAAAAUGGGCAGGACUAAGAUCUUCAUCCGAUUUCCCAAGACCUUGUUUGCCACAGAGGACUCCCUGGAAGUCCGGCGGCAGAGUCUAGCCACCAAGAUCCAGGCGGCCUGGAGGGGCUUUCAUUGGCGACAGAAAUUUCUCCGGGUGAAGCGAUCAGCCAUCUGUAUCCAGUCAUGGUGGCGUGGCACACUGGGCCGGAGGAAGGCAGCCAAGAGGAAGUGGGCAGCCCAGACCAUCCGUCGACUCAUCCGUGGCUUCAUUUUGCGCCAUUCACCCCGGUGCCCUGAGAAUGCCUUCUUCUUGGACCACGUGCGCGCCUCAUUUUUGCUUAACCUGAGGCGGCAACUGCCCCGGAAUGUUCUGGACACCUCCUGGCCCACACCCCCACCUGCCCUGAGAGAGGCCUCAGAACUGCUACGGGAACUGUGCAUGAAGAACAUGGUGUGGAAGUACUGCCGGAGCAUCAGCCCUGAGUGGAAGCAGCAGCUGCAGCAAAAGGCGGUGGCUAGUGAAAUUUUCAAGGGCAAGAAGGACAACUACCCCCAGAGUGUCCCCAGACUCUUCAUUAGCACACGGCUUGGCACAGAGGAGAUCAGCCCCAGAGUGCUUCAAUCCUUGGGCUCUGAACCCAUCCAGUAUGCCGUGCCCGUGGUAAAAUACGACCGUAAGGGUUACAAGCCUCGCCCCCGGCAGCUGCUGCUCACGCCCAGUGCUGUGGUCAUUGUGGAGGAUGCUAAAGUCAAGCAGAGAAUUGAUUAUGCCAACCUAACCGGAAUCUCUGUCAGUAGCCUGAGUGAUAGCCUAUUUGUGCUUCACGUGCAGCGUGAAGACAACAAGCAGAAGGGAGAUGUGGUGCUGCAGAGUGAUCAUGUGAUCGAGACACUAACCAAGACGGCCCUCAGUGCUGACCGCGUGAACAAUAUCAACAUCAACCAGGGCAGCAUAACGUUUGCAGGGGGUCCAGGCAGGGACGGCAUCAUUGACUUCACAUCGGGCUCAGAGCUUCUCAUCACCAAGGCUAAGAAUGGCCACCUGGCUGUGGUGGCCCCACGGCUGAAUUCUCGGUGAUGAAGGCUUCAGUGGACCCCUCCUGACUCCUGAUGCUUCGCUUAGUCCCCUCCUCCCCUCCCAGUUACCAAAGACUCAAGCUUCCAGACAGGGAUCCAUGGACACCCUCAAAACCCACCUGCAAACUCCUGCCUCCUGCUCGCCCCCUCUCGAGGUGAUCAGGAGCCAGGGAGCUACCCCAUGAGUGGGCCAGGCCGGGCCACAGCAAUAGAAAAGCAGAGGCCUGAGCAGGCCAGGCCAGCCCUCUGCUGAUGCCAAAUAUCUAAGAGAAGGGAAUUUUAACUGAGGUUUUCUCUGAGAUUUUUUGAUGCUUUAUAGGAAACUAUUUUUUUAAGAAAGCCAUUUUCCUACCCUAAACACACUGGAUGUGUUUUUCCCUGCCUCGAACAGGGCAAGGAAUGUAACUGAAAGACUGACUGGGCUGGGCUGGAAGGUCCUCUUCUCUGGCCAAGCCUCUCCUCAUUCCCUUGUCUGUCUGUCCAUCCACCUGCACCUUUUGCAGCCCACUAUGACCUCCACCAAAAGGCUGAGGCCACCUCUGCCUACCCCAUAUUCCUGCCUUAAGAAUGUCCUUUUAGGGGCUGGGGUAUAGCCCAGUGGUAGAACUGGUGCUAAGCAUGUGUGAGACCCUGGGCUCAAUCCCCAGCAUUAAAAAAUAAAAAAUAGGUUUUUAAUAUUUUCACCCCAGUCUGAGGGCAUCCCUAAAGUGGGGGAAAAGUCUUAAGAGUUUGGAAGUCUUCAGAGACAGUGUCUGGUCCAGGCUCCUGGAAUCUACAGAGCUGGAGACAGAGGCACACAGAGGGAGGGAAGACUUGCCUAGUAGAAGACUGAAGCAAAUCCUAAAGUGAAGCCCGCCCUCAGCACAUCUCACUGCCUUUCCCAGGGACAGGGAGGCCCAUAAGGCAAGGGUCGCGUCUCAUGUAUGCACCUGGCUCUCUGACCAGCAAUCACCCUUGGGAGCUACCGGGUGGGAGGGACUCUUCUGCCUGGGUCUAUGCCUUAGGAUGACAACCUCCAUACACAUACAUACUUUCGACCCAAUUUAAGAAUGGUAGGGUCUUUUAUUGGCCUUGGGUGCCUCUGUGACCUGGGAGCCUAGGGACAGGGCUGGCCUUGGAGGAACUGCAGGGGCAUCACCUCUUUCUGCUGCUUCUCUCCACCCCAGAGGUCCUUGGGUUUGCCCAGCUCCCUCUGUGCCCUCUGGGGCUCUCAGCCCACUGCUGACACUUCUGCAAUCCAGAGAAACACUAAAUAAAGCAAUAUGUAUUUGCCAACACAGUCUUCCUGUGAGUGUGGAAAAGGGGCCCUAGAAGGUAGACAUUCUUAAGGGGCUUGGCACUACAGAAGAAAGGAGACAGACCUACUUAGGAGCAAUAGAGAGAAACCAAGUUAGGUGUGGUAUUGUGAGCCUUAGUGCUCAGGAAGCAGGGACAGGAGGAUUGGAUUUCUUAGUUCUAGGCCAGCCUGGUCUACAAAUCAAGUUCCAGGGCUAUAUAGACAGGCACGGGGCUUUGGAUUUGGGCAAAUAAAUACCUGGUCUGGCAGCACCGCUGGACUAAGGAGACCUAGCAUGGGCAAUAUAAGCCCAGGGGCCUGUGCUGAUGCAAGACUCAGGUGGGGAGGGUCAGCACUUCAUAAGGAAGCUGGUGUUUGAGGUAUCUCAGGGGCUUGCUUCCAGUUCUGGGGAUAAAGAAUCCAGUCCAAAGUGGCUGGAGCGGUAAAGGCCACUUGUCAACAAUGGCCAUUUUAUUGUCCUGGGGAGAUCUACUUCUAGGUGAUCAAAAGACAUUGUUAGGAAAAUGUCUUGGGGGCUAGAGAGAUGGCUCAGUGGUUAAGAGAACUGACUGCUCUUCUGAAGGUCCUGAGUUCAAUUCCCAGCAACUACACGGUGGCUCACAACCAUCUGUAAUGGGGUCUGAUGCCUUCUGGUGUGUCUAAAGGGAGCAAUGGUGAUGUACUCAUAUGCAUAAAAUAAAUGAAUAAAUAAA